AGAUGGGGGACCCACCUUAGAAAAUUCCAUGCUAUAUAGUACUUGACCAUUUGCUGAGUCUGUCUCAGGGAAGAGACGAGCAGAAGGAAGAAGCCAAUCCUUGAGGUGUCCAUCAUGCGUGUAGAACCUGAUACAGAUGGAAAAGAGCAAGUGAACGUGCAUUAUGUAAAUAGCCCUGUCCCUUGUGUUGUUGAAGAAAAUUUUGGAGGGUAUUACGGUGAUCAUGAUGACUUUGUGCUUGAGGAGGAUCUUCAAGAUCAGGAAACUAUCUAUCUGUCAUUGCAAAGGAGCAGUCAAAGGAACACUCAGAUAAAUGUACCCAGAGCUUCUUCAACUACUAAUUUAAGAGCCAAUCAGGAUUCUGGCUCAAGCAGGGAAGAAAGAAAUUCUUCAGAAACCAUGAAUGUUGAGGUACAGCUAGCAGUGGAUGAAGCUUUAGCUAGAGAGUUACAAGAAAAGGAGGAUCAGUUUGCUGGUACUUCUGUCGGUGAAACGGCUGGGAUGGAAAUAGAGGGUAGCGGUACAGAAUCUUCUGCAGGAAAUGGAGAAGGCAUUUCUACUGAAACACCGGCUCAGGUUGCAAGAGAAGAUGUUGACCCGGAUAAUAUGACCUAUGAGGAGCUGCAAACAUUAACUGAAGCCAUAGGUACUGAAAGCAGAGGUUUAUCAGAGGAGCUUAUAUCCUAUUUGCCAUCAUCUACUUACAAAACAGGACCAUUUUCCAAAAGAGAUGAAUAUGAAGAAUGUGUGAUAUGUUACAUGGCUUAUGAAAAGCAUGACAAACUAAUCACAUUACCCUGCCAACAUCUAUACCAUAAACAUUGUAUUGCUCGUUGGUUGAAGAUAAACAAGGCAUGCCCAGUGUGCAAUGACGACGUUUUUGGUUAAACUGAUAAAUUGAAAAUUUGCAAUCAGCCAAAUACAACAUUAGCAUGCAUUUAUAGUCUGUUGUAUAUUGAUGCAGACCCCAUUUCGAUUUUGAUCUUUGUGUAUUCAUGAAAGUAUAUUAUCAAUGGAGAGAGUGAUAUCUCUGACAAGUCUUUAAGUUUGGUAUGGGCAGAGUUUGGACUGCAUGUAAUUGAUAAAUGAUAUUUAGUCGAGUGAGUUUAUGAAUGUAAGUUAAGCCUAUACCGCCCUAUGGUUACUAUGGAGAUGCGACUGCCAAAAUAUUGUUAUGUGGAGGUGCCUUUUUUGGGUUUUGUUUUUUCAAUAUUAGUCCCUCAAAUAUUUGUAAUU